GCGUGCGUGUGUGCGUGUGUGUGUGCGAUUGUCUGAGAGAUUGUCUGUGUGUGUGUGUGUGUGUGUGUGAGAUUGUCUGUGAGAUUGUCUGUGUGUGUGUGUUGACAGCAAUACACGGGACCUACCAACAGUCCAUCUGUUGCGAAGCUGUGUCACGGUCUGUGGCGGCCAUUGCGCGUGCGAUGUGAGUAGUGCGCCUCCCUCUCGACUCCCCUGUGAUCCGAAGCACCAUGAGGUGUACGACGCGCACCCAACGAGUGUUGUUAUGUCGAGUGUUUCUCUUGGGCAUCGCGCUGGUCAGCGUGUACUUGGUGGGCAAGUCCCUGACAGGAAUCAUGAUUUCAGAUUGCUGGCAAAGGACAAAGAAUACGUUUGAAGAAAAUGGUGUUCUAAUCCCUAUAGGCGUGGAAGUGAGUGACACACAGGAGGGAAAAAGCGGUCAACCCAAAGAACAGCUGCAGCGCCAGAGACAGCGCAUGGAAGGCCGGCAGAGCCAGGCCGAGAGGUACUGCCAGCACACAGGCACGAAGGACGGCGAGACGGAUGAGCAGCACUCACCCACAAGCUGUCCCCUCGUCUCCUUAACUCACCCCUCAAUGUUCUGUUCCAUCGGCAAGAUUGGGUCUACCUUCUGGAGCAGGUUUUACAAGGUUUUGGACAGAAAUGCUUCCAGUCUUCUGGACUCACCGUUCACCGUGCCAGUCAAGGUAGCGGACGAGGAGCGGUGCCAGAGCGCUGACAACAUUGGCUCCUUGACUGCCAGCCGUCGACACGUGGUGAAAUCCAUGUUUGUUCGCGAUCCUUUCUCUCGGCUGUUCUCUGCUUACGUGGACAAACUUCUGGCACCCAAUCCCACCUUCUGGACCACGUGGGGGAUCCCGGCCAUGCUGCUGGAGGGGAGCUUGGAGGCAAAGGAUGUGACUUGCGGUCAUGCGGUGACCUUCCAACAAUUCGUUCGUCUAGUAAAUAAUCGUCUGCAUCGUGAGGAUCCUCACGUUAUCUCCAGCGUGCGCAUGUGCGACCCCUGUAAAAUGAACUAUGACGUCAUAGGCAAGAUGGAGACCUUUUCUGAAGAUUUGCGCUACUUGACCUCCGUCUUGAACGUGACCUUCGACCCCAGACUUUCGCUCGCCACCGAGAGUAAAGUGGACGCCAUUUUGGAUUCGGUGGAAAGCCCUUUCGAGUGGAGGGAGGAUAUCACAAAAUGCAUCUCCACUCAAGAGAUGGGGCGAAGAAUUUGGCGCAAGCUGCAGAUCCGAGGGAUCAUCAUGUCCAGCACCGUCUUCAGCAAAGCGGCUCUGGAGGCCGCCAUCAAGUCCACGGACAAGGACCAGCUGGUGCUGCAGAAAAGACAAGCCUUCAUGGAGGCCUAUCGCACUCUCUCCAUGGACGACAUCCACGUCUUCUCGCAGCUCUUCGCAGACGACUUUGAGGCGUUUGGCUAUGACAAGCGGCCGGCGGCUGUGUUUGACAGAAAUCUCACUUUCGUGGAUACCCAUGCAUUCGAUGUUAACACACCCUGGGCAACCUCUUGA